UUAGUUACGGGCAACUUUUUCAAGUCAUUUGUCAUUGUAUUGUUGUAGAUUCAUUACUCAAUAUUUUUCUGUCACAAUGAUGGGCUCUUUUAAAGCUAUGAAGCUGAUAACAUCUAAUCAAAUAUGUUCAGCUUCUAAUCUGUUUGCUUGCACAUGUCCAUUCUUGGGAUUUGUAAGAGCCCAUGUGGGCUAGAGCCUAUCCCGGCUGUCAUUGGGCUAGAGGUGGGGUACACUUGGAAUCUGGACAGGUCUCCAAUCUAUCACAGAGGGCUAACACAGAGAGACAGACAACCACUCACACCUACACCGACGCAUAUUUAGAAUCACAGAUUAACCUAACGAGCAUGUCUUUGGAUGGUGGGAGGAAGUAUCUAGAGAGAACCUGUGCAGACACAGGGAGAACACGCAAACAGAGUUGACCUAGUCGGCCAAUGGAUUUGAAUCCAGAACCUUCUUGCUGUGUGGCAACAGUGCUGAUCACCACAACACUGUGUCGGCCUCCAUUAUCAAAAUAAUGAAUAUUAAAAUUCCUAUUAACUAAAAUAAAAAGCUCACAACACUAAUACUAUAAAAACAGUUUGCCACGUACAUUGGUGCCCCACUCCCCCUCCCCAUCCUUCUUGAAAUCCACAACACCUGCCUAUUCUUUGGCUUUGUGUUCUGCGUAAGGUUGCCUCAGACAGUUUUCAUAAGGAAUCUGGAACAAGAAGCCACUAGAGAGGUCAGGUGGCGAUCAAGUAGAAAUCUUGAGAAUGACACUUGCUGAACUGCAAUAAAGGGACAAUUUACAUAAGCUGUACAAAGACGUAAGAUAUCUGCUAUCAAAAUCACAUACAAGAGAGUCCAUUUAAAUAGGCCUUAACCCUAACCUUAACCCCAGGUCAUAACCCUAACCCUAGACUCUAACCCUAACCACAAAAAAAGCGUGUUCACAGGAUGUUUGAAAGAAAGAAAAAAAAGAUAAAUAUCUGGAAAAUAAAAAAAAAAAAAUAAGAAAAAUACAUGCUGGGACAUAAUGGAAACAACUGAGAUUAAUUGGCUUAAUGUCAGCCUCCUCACCUAGCUCAUGUCCGAGGGUAAAAUACAGCACAGUGAUGUUUGUUUGUACGUAUCUGUAUUACAACUACAGCCACAAGAAAACAUUGUGCAACUUGACUUCAGUGAAACAAUUGGACUGGACAUACGAUAUGUGGCUAAAUGUAGGACAAUCACAGGAACAAUAUGGCAUCCAAUCUUUUAAAUUUUGCUGACACUGGUGUCAAAACAGGCCACAGUGAAGGGGCUUUUACUUCAGCAUGCACCAGCAAAUCAAGUUCCUUGAAAUGAGGAUUGUGAACCAAUCAGACUUCACAUAUUUAGUGAAAUGUAGGACAAAGGUGCAAUCUGCUGCUGCCUCAGUAGUUUAGAACACUGGCUCAGAGUGAGAGUAGGAGAAGCAGACAAGAUGAUGGUGUUCAUUGCAAACAUCUUCCUCUUCUGGUUGUUGUGUGAGGCAAAGCUGAGUGAAAUCUCUCAGCCUGAGUCGUUGAAAACACUGAACCUUGGAGACUCAGCUAUGAUUAAAUGCCACAUAAAGAGUAAAAUGACAAAAAGGGUGUGGUACAAACUGACUACAGAGAGGAAACUGCAGCUCGUUGCAACACUCGAUUCCUACUAUAAUCGGCGCAUGUUCGCCGAUGAAUUUCAGCACCGUUACUCUGUCCAGUUUGACGAGCUCAACUGUCACCUGAUCAUAUCUAGAACGUCGUGGGACGAUGUUGGAACGUACUUCUGUGGAGUGCUGCUCUUAAAUGACAUUGAGUUUGGAUCAGGAACCCUUUUGAUGCUUAAAGGUGCAAAGAUGGUCAGUGACUCUGUCGUCCAGCUGCCUCCAUCUCAGUCAGUCCAGUCUGGAGACUCUCUGACCCUCAGCUGUUCAGUUCACACUGAAUGCACGGCAGAAUACAUGAAUGUCAUGUGGCUGAAAAACUCUGAUCAUUCUGCCCCUGAAAUGAUUUACUCUGAAAAUAACGGCAGUGCUUGUCAGAAGACUAAGAGUGGAGAAACCACUUGUGUGUACAACCUUCUCAUGAGGAACAUCAGCUCUGAUGAUGCUGGAGUUUACUACUGUGUGGUGACUUCAUGUGGACAAAUGCUACUGGGAAAUGGGACCAAGCUCAUCUUUAACUAUGGCACGGACUCUCCAGACGUUGGCCGUGUUUGUAUUUUGGUGCCCACCAUCCUGCUGGGAGCUUAUCUGGCUUUCGUAGUGUGCAUGAUCAAAUCUUGUGAAUCCUCAGAAGGAUAUUCUGCUCACUCUACAAUCUAUGCAGAGGUACAAGAAAACGAACAUCUGAAGAUCAAAAGAUCAAAAAGACUGAGAGACGACACCUGGACUGAAUGUGUGUACUCCACUGUAAAGCAGUACUAAUGAACGCUUUGUCUUCUCUUUUGCAUUUUUAAAAUGGCAUCUUACUAGUGUGGCCUUUCAAGCAAGCUUACGCUUUACUUUUAAUAACAUUACGUACAAUCAAUGUACAGCUUUACCCUGCAAUAAACUCAUUAAAUAAGAUAUUCUAAAGACAAAACAUGAAGUGCAGUUAUUUCCACAAUCACUGUGAAACAAGACAGCUCUAGACUCUCCUCAGUGGUGCCAUUAGUUACUCUACCAAUAGCAAAUUUAGCACGAAAAUAUAAAGAAGCAGGGAUCAAACUCAUAAACAUACAAACUGACCAACAAUGAAAAAGACAGUUUUCUUCAAAUCUGUGCAGUACAUCUGUAAAAUCAUCACAGGAAGCAAGUAUUUGUCAACUGUUGCAUAAACCUUUUUCAGGCAGUUGGCAUUGUCAGGUCUGAGUCAGGGUAUACUUAGGUCAGGCACUUUUUGUCGUUGUGUGGAUGACUCUUCAAGCUUUUAUAAAUGAUAAGAGUUUUUUAUGACCUAUUCAAGACAAAAGUAACACAGUUAACUCAAGUCCAAUUAUGCUA